AUGGCUGCAGAAACCAAUGUUGUGUCCACAUCCAACCCCUUUCGCAGGGCCUUGAAGACUUCCAUCUCAGCUCUGCUGGUGGAGAUUGGCUACCAGGCUGCAGAGAACCUCGCCGUGGAAACACUUGUGGAGAUGGCACAAGCAUACAUUUGGGAAGCAGGACGAAGCUCACAUGCAUUAGCUGAACUGGCUGGCCGAACUCAUGUCAUGCCCAGCGAUGUUGUUUUGGCUCUAGUUGAAAUGGGUCUCGAUUUCACAGCAAUUCCUAAACAUGCCAAAAGAGAAAAUAAAACAGUGUUUCUUCCACCUGCGCAGACUCCACCAGUGGCCCAGUCAAAGAUCCUUCAGGUUGGAGACAAAAGAAAACACCCUUCACACAUACCAGAACACCUGCCACCUUUUCCAGACCCACACACACAUAUUAAAACCCCAUGCUUCAAGCAACCUGCCAAUGAAUACCAGCUUGUACGUGAGAAGGCAGCCUCACAGAAACGAGAUGUUGAAGUUGCCCUUACUCGCUUUAUUGCUAAAACUGGCACAACACAGUCUCUGUUUAAAGAUGACCCUUCAGCAUUUCCGUUAAUAGCAUGCAAGCCAAGCCCACUGCCCUAUUUGUCAGCACUGUUGCCUAGCGACUACGAGCUGUCAGCUCAAGAUAACUGUGAAGCAGACAUGAGUGGCCGGCAUGCAGUUCUAGACCAUGAUUCAAUGGGCGAUGAUGGGUCUGGGCAGACCCUUGGAGACGGUGACAUGAUUGACAAUCCAUAUCUGCUGCCUGUAAGAGUGGCCAGGAAAUCCUGGAGAUAA